GUUAUGUUUCAGUGGUUGUAACUGAGAUGGAAGCAAAUUAAGAUGUAGCAUAUGUUUUUGUGUUUGAGAUAUAGUACUAGUUGUGUGUCUGAGAUAUAGUAUACAGUAUGUUGUUUGAUGGACAUAUAUGUAUUGCAUGUUUAAGAUAUAGUAGAUGUUGUGUGUUUUGAGAUGUAGUUAGAUACAUAUUUUGUGUUUGAGAUUCAGUACAUGUUGUUUGGAAUGUAGUAUGUAUUGCGGGUUUGAGAUAUAGUAUAUGUUGUGUGUUUUAGGAAAACGGAUAGACCAGACUCCUCCGCCGUUGUGCUCUAUGAUUUCCAGCGCUUCCUUCAGUUCGAGCAGAAGGAGACCUGGGCGCAUAACUUAAAUCAGGUGAGGGAGCUGAUGACCACUUUCAUAGAUGACACCAUGAGGAAGACCAAUGACCCAGAGUUUACUGUUGGAGAGUUCCUCAAUUUCCUCUUCUCCAAAGAGAACUCCAUCUGGGAUGAGAAAUUUUCGGAAGUGAACACCCUGGAUAUGAACAACCCUUUAUCUCACUACUGGAUCAACUCCUCCCACAACACGUACCUGACUGGUGAUCAGAUACGUAGCGAGUCGUCCACAGAAGCCUAUGUGCGCUGCCUUAGACUGGGCUGCCGCUGCAUUGAGUUGGACUGUUGGGAUGGUCCAGGCUACCCCAUCAUAAAGCAUGGCUGGACGAUAACAACCAAGCUCAAGUUCGAGGACGUGGUCAAGGCCAUCAAUGAGCAUGCCUUUGUGACCUCAGAAUACCCCGUGAUCCUGUCUAUCGAGGAGCACUGCAACCUGGAGAACCAGAGGCAAAUGGUGUCCAUCUUUAAGAAGGAGUUUGGGGACAAGCUGCUGACGGAACCGGUGGAAGAGUAUGCCGAGCAGCUGCCCUCCCCGACACAGCUCAAGGGCAAGAUCAUCCUCAAGCACAGGAAGCUGAGCAUGGAUGGCACCCUGGGCAGGAAGGACAUGCGUAAAGGAGAGAAGCAAGGAGAUCUCUGCAUCUGGGACCCUAUAGAUCAGAAAUGGAAUCGACACUACUGCGUUAUCUCAGAUGACAAGCUCUACUACGCUGAAGAGUACGAGCACGAGGAUGACAUGGGUACAGUUGGCCAGGUGACAGACCCCCCCUUUUUUACUUUGACUACUUUAUUUUCUACUCGGUGUAAACUUCCUUGUCCUAUAGGGUUGUCGUAUGCUCCUUCCCACGUUCUGCUUUUUAUUGUCUCUCUCGAUGUCACUCUCUCUUACACACGCACACAUAAUUCCUUGUUAAAUGUUAAAUAUCUCUCUCUCUCUCUCUCUUCCCAUCAGGUGUUUGCGGAGCAGCACGUCUCUGAGCCCUGGUUUCGCGGGCGCAUGUCUGAGGGUCGGCAGACGGCUGAACGGCUCCUGCAGGAGUUCUGUGCCGAGUCCGGUGGGAAGGACGGGACUUUCCUCGUGCGAGAGAGUGACACCUUCCUAACCGACUUCACCCUCUCUUUCUGGCGAAAAGGAAGAGUGCAGCACUACCGGAUCCACACAGGGACUGAGGUCAGCCACACGUACUACUACCUCACCGACAACCUGCACUUUCCCAGUGUGUAUGCACUUAUACUGUACUACAAGGACAACCCACUCGUUUGCAUAGACUUUAACCUGCGCCUCACCGUUGCUGUCCCACUGCCCAACCAGCACCUGCAGCAGGGGUGGUUCCACGAUAACCUGAGCCGGGGAGCGGCCGAGGAUUCCCUGAUGAGGAUCCCGUGGGAUGGAGCCUUCCUCAUCCGCCAGAGAGAAGAUCAUGAGUCCUACGCCAUCACCCUCAGGGGGGAUGGUAAGGCGAAGCACUGGCGUAUCCAGAAAGAGGGCUCCAGGUACGUGCUGGGGUCCUCCUCUGAGUUUGAGAGCCUGGUGGAGCUGGUGGAUUACUUCCGGAAGAUUCCUUUGUACCGCAAGAUCAAACUGCGCUACCCGGUGACCCGAGAGAUGGUGGAGAGAUUCCGCAAGCACGUCUCUGAGCCCUGGUUCCACGGGCGCUUGUCUGAGGGUCGGCAGACGGCUGAACGGCUCCUGCAGGAGUUCUGUGCCGAGUCCGGUGGGAAGGACGGGACUUUCCUCGUACGAGAGAGCGACACCUUCCUCACCGACUUCACCCUCUCUUUCUGGCGAAGUGGGAGAGUGCGGCACUGCCGGAUCCACUCAGGCACUCAGGACAGCCACGUGUACUACUUCCUCACGGACAUUCUGCACUUUCCCAGUGUGUAUGCACUUAUAGAGCACUACAAGGACAACCCACUCGGCUGCAUGGACUUUAACCUGCGCCUCACCGGUGCUGUCCCACGGCCCAACCAGCACCUGCAGCAGGGGUGGUUCUACGAUAACCUGAGCCGGGUAGAGGCCGAGGAUUCCCUGAUGAGGAUCCCGCGGGAUGGAGCCUUCCUCAUCCGCCAGAGAGAAGAUCAUGACUCCUACGCCAUCACCUUCAGGGGGGAUGGUAAGGUGAAGCACUGCCGUAUCCAGAAAGAGGGCUCCAGGUACGUGCUGGGGUCCUCCGCUGAGUUUGAGAGCCUGGUGGAGCUGGUGGACUACUUCCGGAAGAUUCCUUUGUACCGCAAGAUCAAACUGCGCUACCCGGUGACCCGAGAGAUGGUGGAGAGAUUCAGCAAGGAGCGGGACUGUGGUUCCAUUUACGAUAUGAAGAUUUAUGUGGAGCCAAAUGAAAUCGAACCUGCAACGCCCCAGAGCACAGUGAAAGCGCUGUAUGAUUACAGAGCCACCAGGGCUGAUGAGCUCACCUUCUGCAAAGGAGCUCUGAUCCAUAAUGUGAUCAAAGAUCCCCAAGGAUGGUGGAAAGGAGAUUACGGGGGAAAGAUCCAGCUGUACUUCCCUUCCAACUUUGUGGAGGAGGUGACAAGUAAUACCAAGCCUAAAUUCCGAGACCAAGCGAUGGAGGAUAACCCGCUGGGUGACUUGUGCAUGGGGCUGGUGGACCUCUCCAGGUGCAAUGUCUUGAGGUCGUCUAAGAACGGUAUGAGCAAUGUGUUGAGCGUGACACUUAUUGAUGAGCAGGAGGGCAGUCAGCAGUAUGACUUUGCCACUGACACUGUGGAGGAGCUGUUGAAAUGGUAUCAGGUGGUAUGGAAUAUCACUCAGCACAAGAACAACAAAGAUUGUGAGAUCCAGCAGAAGGAAGAGAUUGAGACCAAAGACGUGGUGGCCAUCGAGAUGUCUGACCUAGUGGUCUACUGUCAGUCACGCAUUAAAGACAAGGACCGCUUUGUGAGGUACACAUUUACGGAGAUCCGCUCGUUCGUGGAGAACAAGACUCCUGCCAAGAGCAAGUCCAAGGAGUUCCUCAAGUACAACCGCAAGGCCCUGAGCCGCAUCUACCCCAAAGGCCAGCGCAUGGACUCCUCCAACUAUGACCCCUACCCGCUGUGGCUAUGCGGCUGCCACAUGGUGUCGCUCAACUUUCAGACCGCAGAUAAGUACACGCAGCUGAACAGUGCCCUCUUCAGUUUGAACGGGCACACUGGCUAUGUACUGCAGCCAGAAAUGAUGAGGGAGGAGAACUACGACCCCCAGCACAAAACCGAAGUGAAGUUCACUAUUACAGUGCGGGUGAUUGCUGCCAGACACCUGCCCAAGCUAGGGCGCAGCAUCAUCAGCCCCUUUGUGGAGAUCAAGCUGUGCGGCCAGGCGGACGAGAGCAAGUUCAUGACUACUGUCUGCCAUGAUAAUGGACUGAGCCCAGUGUGGCCCGCCCCUCCUGACCUGGUCACCUUCACCGUUCACGAGCCUGAGCUCACCUUCCUGCGCUUUGUGGUGAACGAGGAGGACAUGUUCUCCGACCCCAACUUCCUGGCCCAGGCCACAUUCCCCAUCAAAGGAAUCCGCUCAGGCUACCGCUCGGUUCCUCUGAAGAACUGCUUCAACGAGUCCAUAGAAUUGGCAAGUCUGCUGGUGUACGUUGAUAUCCAGCUGGUGGAGAAUUAAAGAGAAGAAAAUCAACAACAGCAAGUUCUACUCCUGAGAGAAUGCCAAGCCUCCUGUUGCUCUCUCCGGAACACACACACACACACUCACAAAACAUUGCAUGAUAUAACAGGGUACAUGUAUUGGUGCAUUUGAGCUGUUUUGAGGAAGAAACAAGUCAACGUUGGAGCCAAAUGCAGGAAUACUGAAAUACAGCUGAAAUUAUCUCCAGUCACAAAAUGUUCUUUGACAUUUUCUUUCCAAGAACCCGCCAUCUGGUAUGUACCUGCCACCUAACUUGUGUUACACACAACUGUUCACUACUCAGGUCAUUUAAUUUACUACUCUGCAGAUCUGACUGCACUUAUCAGACGUUCUCUUGAUGAGCUCAACACAUCAGUCAGCCAACAGUUACAUUUCAGUCAGGUUCAGUUGAGAGCACUCAGAGCAGGGCAUCAUGGAUGAUUUUCAGCGCAGGGAAGGCCAAGGAGCUAGAUUGGAGUACCAUGGAUUUAAUGAGCCCGUUACAUUGCACCUGGAUGACUAGAGUCCUGCUCAUGUACAGUGCUUUCGGAAAGUUUUCAGACCCUUUCAAGUUUUCCACAUUUUGUUAUGUUUCAGACUCCUCUUGAAAUUAAUUAUUUUUUCUUAUCAAUCUAUACACAAUACUUGACUUACCCCACAAUGCGGUAGCAAAAACAGGUAUUUGGAGUGUUUUGUUAAUUUAUUGAAAAUAAAAGACCUUCACUUAGUACUUGGUACAAAAAAUGCGAAAAAAAAUACAUGAAAGGGUUGCACUGUACUGUACAUGACUGUAAAUUCAGCUGUACAGUAUAUGAAGGUUAAGCUUAGAGGAAUUAUUUCAGACUGUUAGAGAAUAUAGAAGUUCAUGUGUUGCUGACGUACAGGAGCUAGAUAAUGUACAGUACAUAGGAAUCCUCAUUUCCAGCCUGUUGAAAAGACGUUUUCUCUAUAAAAUAUGCAAGGAUGGGAGUCACAAACAACAGGGAGACUUGUGAUGGAAUAUCAUUUGUGUUUAUUAAGAUGUAAUGUGUCUUAUUUGUAUGCGGAAUAGUAAUAAUUAUCAUCCUAAUAAUAAUAAUAUCACUUUGUCUGACAGAUAUUGUAUGACUUGGUGUGAAUAAAGAUGAAUGGCUUUAGUUGCACUCUGUUUAACUCUGAUAGCCGUGUGUGAAAAUAAACUUGCCCUCACUCUU